AGCAUACCGGUGGUAUACUGCCCCCCCCCGCUGAUGGAACGGCCCUCAAGCAAGGAGGGGAUCUUCCACAGCAGGUCCCGUGACAUUUGGCUGUCGUUGGUGAGCUCGUGCCCUGAGACCUAUUGAGGACCCUUUGACCAGGUGGUCCGAGCUUGUUACAGGCUAUCAUACCAUUGGCAUUCCUAUUGAGAACCCAAUCCGGUAAUGCCCAGAUCAAUAGAGUUCCCGCUCCCAUCAACACCGACCUUGAAACCUCCAGCCACCUCCCCAUUCAGACAUUAUAGAGCUCGUUGACUCUUCUGCCUCUCACCAUUCACCCCCCUCCCUCCCCUCUCACUAUGGUUCACAGCUUUAUAGCAGUUUGGCACGUGGGUAUAUCUUCGAAAAUUGGCCACGAGUUCUCCGUCGUCGCUCCCUACCCCUCCACAUCGUCUUCUUUUGUUCCACGAGCUUACCGCUACUACUGCUUGACUGCAUAUUUCUAAAAAUACAUACCCUCCCUCCAUUCGGUCUUUCAAAGUUUUGAGCUUCCCAAUGACCGCUGCUAAUAUUUUCAUAAGCCUCGGUGGUUUGUCCAUCGUCAUGGCCCUCAUUCCUUUGGCCUGGCAUGUUCGCAACGGGAACACUGCGGCAGUAUGUUUGAUCGUCUGGAUCACGCUUUUUAAUCUCCUUUCCUUUUCCAACGCAAUUAUCUGGGGCGGAUCUGGGAUUGAUAUCUACACUGCCUGGGAUGGCAAGAUCUUCUGCGAUAUCGAAAUCAAGAUCUUCAUCGCCUCCGGAGCUGGCAUUGUGGGUUCCGUCGCAGCUAUCGCCAGGAAUCUCGCGAGGGUCAUGUCGCACAAGGUGUCCGUUAUUAAGACGAAACGGGCUCGUAGGAGGGAGUUGGUACAGGACCUACUAUUGUCGUUAGGAUUGCCUGCGUGGAUUAUGGCGGUGCAUUACCUUGUUCAACCAAGCAGAUACUCGCUCCUGGCCACCACUGGAUGCACUCCUACCAUUGACGAUUCUUGGCCUUCGAUUCCACUGAUCUUGGUAUGGCCGCCAAUUAUUUCACUCGUAUCUGCCUAUUAUGCAGGUUUGGCUUCCUCAUCUAUCAUCACGUAUUAUCACUCAUUUAUUCUCCCUUUUCACUAAAUGCUUGCUCGUAGGUCUGGUGUUGGCACGCGUCCACAGAUAUCGUCAGCAGUUUGCAGACAUCCUCCGAAGCUCCAAUUCCGGUCUCACGACAUCGAGAUUUAUCCGCCUCUUUGUUCUCUCUCUUGUCCUCGUGGCCGUUAAUCUCCCGUUGACUUUCUAUAUCUUUUACCGGAACCUCGAUUCCCCUCGGAUCACCUACAAUUGGGAUUUGGUCCAUGGCGAAGGUUGGAACUACAUUCUCAGAAUACCCUCGUACGAUAUUGUCCAGUUUGACCGGUGGAUCAGCGUUGGUGCGGGAUAUUUCAUUUUCUUCGUCUUUGGAAUCGGUAGUGAUGCAUUGAAGAUGUAUAGGGGCUGGUUGGAUAACCUCGGACUCGGGAAACACCUCCCGGACUCCAUAAUGGGAACGUCUGCCCCUGGAACUGAUCAAGGGGGCUCUCAAAGUGGCGGGAGUGCCAUUGGAAGCUACCUGUCGAAGCGAUGGGCAUCGCGACGAAUACUCGGCAGUAGUAGCAGUGACUGUAGCAGUAGUGGAUCUCGCUCCGGAACCUCCAACAAUAAGCAAGUUCACCAUCCCCCAUUCUUCCCUUUUACUCGAAUCCUAACUUGCCUCCUAGGUCAACAACGGAACCCCCUACCACAACCACAAAUACAACUAGAAACCAAACUAGCGACAUCGACAUAGAAGCAAACAAAAGAGCCCCCGCAUGGCAUUUCGCAAACGAAGGUCCAAGUUUCGUCGUCAAGGCAUAUGCCGGAAACAUAAGGUACAACGACCGAGGAAUCCGCGUUGACAAGGAUAUCGUGGUAGAGAAUAAGAGGGCGACGAUUUGUUAAAACUGGAACAAUGAACGGGAGGAAGGUGUGAUAUUGGGUUGUGACUUGCAUCGGCAGUGCUCACGUUUUUGGCUGGCUGGUUUGGUUAGGUAUGGGUACCGUAUAAUUCCCCUGUGGCUGGGGUGGGGGAUAAGUUCACUCCAAUAGAUUUUUUUUUUCUUCUUUUUUCUAUCAAACUUUUAAUUUAUUGUGUAUUUAACCUAUAUAAACAAAACCGCUACGCGUUUCCCUUUCUU